CGACCCCGGCCAGCAGGGCACCAGCAAGAUGCUGCGUGUCAUCCUCUCCAAGCCCGUCGUUGCCCUUCCCCCAGGCACCGCCGGCAUGAACACAACCCCUAAUACCACGGCCGUGGCCAUCGAGCCCCCGGCUGUUGACCCUACAAGCACGGAGCCUGCCGAACCGCUACGCAUGAAGAAGAUGAUUAAGAGCUUCAAGAAUCCGCUCAAGCAUCGCAUUCGACGGAAGAAGCUCAAAUGACUCUCCCAGAUGGCCUGCUUUGGCUAGAAUCAAUCAACUACCACCAGGGAGAGAAGAUACAGUGGAUGUUCAGGUUUGUUUACACGCACAUAACUAGGUAUGGGAAUAAUGCCGCGCAAUAGAAGGUUACCCUUUAGGAAGGGCAUAAGGACGUCCUUUUUUUUUUCUCGAGGCACACUGAUUUUUUUAUGUUUUGUGGUUAUGCCUCCUUAGUUUGUCCAUGUUACUCUUUUUUUUAUUACUUUUUAUUAAGCCACUUGGAAAUAAAGCGAACGGCGUCUACGGGGGGGCACGCAUAUCAAACGAGGGGGACAAAUGGAGAUUGAUUUUUUAUUUUCUCUUCUCAUCUCUCGUGAGUGAAAUUAGAAUGGGCAGAGUGGCGAGGAAGGGCCUUUAUUUUUUCUUCAUGUACAUAUAGGCUGCUUCUAAAUUACAAUGUCGAUGGACAG